AAUGCUCUAUCGUGGUAUAAAAUUUUGCUGCUGACUUGAAGUUAUGUUUGUACACCCACUAUCUAAUUAUUCACAAUAGUAGGAAGGUAGAAACCAUUCAAAGUUACGUGAGUACAUGAAUGUUUAUGCAAAGUGUGACAUUCAUAUAUUACCCAGCCAAAAAAAAAAAGCUUGUGAUAUUGACAAAUGCUAUGGACAUGAAUGGACCUUCAAACCAGCAUGUUUUAUGAAAUAAACCAAACACAGAAGCACAAAUAUUGUAUGAUUCCCUUUAUAUGAAGUACUUAAAAUGAACAAAUUCAUAGAUAUGGAGUGAAAGAGAGAUCUCUUGGAGGUAGGAAGAACGGAUAAUUAGGAGUUACAUAAUCUGUACAGAAUUUUUUUGUUGAGAAUGAUAAAAAAGUGUGCCAGUAAGGGGUGGUGACUGCACAACAUUGUGAAUAUAUUUAAUGUUACUGAAGUAUAUACUCAUGGAUGGUUAAAAUGAUAAAUAUGAUGCAUGUUUAUGUGUAUUUUGUCACAAUAAAAAAGAUUUCAGUAGUAAACUCUUCGUGGGUAAUUUGGACAGAAAAGCUAUAGUAGAUGUGAGUUGCUGAAUUCAGACUGGAGGUAAAGAUACUAAGGAGAUGAAGGAAGGGUGAGGCCAGGAGUUGGAUAACCUUGCAGCAGCAGCAGCAGCCUCUCUUCCUGCUGUUUGUCUACCCUCAGGGGCAGCACCUGUGCCAUCAGCAGGCCUCAUGCAUGGAACACACGGAGGACACCAACCACACUGGACCCAUCCACUUCCACUUCCGCCCCUUCUCCAAACUUCCUGAGGUACAGCUGUUGAUUUUUGUGGCCUUCCUGGCUAUGUACCUGGUCAGCAUCAGUGGCAAUGUGUCCAUUUUCCUCACCAUCUGGGUCAGUUGUUGUCUCCACACUCCCAUGUAUUUCUUCCUGGCAAACCUGGCGGCGCUGGAGACCUUCUAUUCUUCCACCAUUGCCCCCCUGACUCUGGCCAGCAUCCUGGCUGCAGAGAGCACCCUGGUCUCCCUGCCUGGCUGUGGAGCCCAGAUGUUCUUCUUCAUCUUCCUGGGCAGCGCUGACUGCAUUCUGCUGGCUGUCAUGGCCUAUGACCGGUUUGUGGCCAUCUGUCACCCUUUGCAUUAUAGCCUCAUCAUGAGCUGGAGGCUGUGUGUCCGGCUGGCUCUGGGGUCUCUGUUGCUGGGGUUCUUCUUGGCCAUGCAGCUGACUGUGCUCAUCUUCCAGCUCCCCUUCUGCAGCAGCAAGGAAAUCAGCCUGUUCUACUGUGAUGUCCUCCCUGUCAUGAGACUGGCCUGUGCGGACACGCGGGUCCAUGAGGCCACUCUGUUUGUGGUCAGCGUCAUCGUCCUCACCGUCCCCUUCUUGCUCAUCACUCUGUCCUACGUCUUCAUCGUGGCUGCCAUCCUGAAGAUCCGCUCUGCAGAGGGGAGGCGCAAGGCCUUCUCCACUUGCUCCUCCCACCUGACUGUGGUCCUUCUCCAGUAUGGAUGUACAAGCCUCAUCUACUUGUGCCCCAGUUCCAGCUACUCUCCUGAGAGGGGCCAGGUAGUGUCUGUGGUCUACACAUUCAUUACCCCAUUGCUGAACCCUUUGAUCUACAGCAUGAGGAACAGAGAGCUUAAGGAUGCUUUGAAGAGAGUAAUGAUGAGGUUCUUGCUACUGUAACCUCCCUGAGCUCCUCUGAGUGUUCCUCUACAACACCUCUGGGUAGAAUGAAAUGAGUAGGCUAUUGGGAAGAUAAAGAGGGAAGAGCUAAACAUCACUGGUUUUAUAUUGUUAUUUUUCCUGCUUACAUAAUUUUCAAAAAAUCAUUUUUUUUUUCAGAUUCAGAUCUUCAUUUACAGGACAGGGAUUAAAAUCCUUGCAGUAUCUAAAUUCUGGGGGUAGUUAUGAGGAUUAAAACAUAUGUUAGGUGAAAACUCUUUGCAACUUUUAAUGGUAAAUAUAGCAGUGAAUGUCAUUUCAUUCUUCAUCAUCCAUUUAAAGUCUGUGACCUGUCUUAGAUUUAUCUCCAGAUGUAUUUUUAGGUUGUCAGUAGACCCAAAUAUUACACUUCCAAGCAGGGAAAAACAGGAGUAAGAGCAAGUUGAAUUGGUGUCAUCUCAGCCACUAUCUCAUGAUCCCCAUUGUAUAACUGUUGAGUUUGUGCCAUUUUGUAUUUUUCAUCUUUGAUCUAUUUUUUAAUCUUUUAUCUUAAUUUCUCUUCUGGAACAAAGUGUUUUGGAAAGUUCUAGAGUUUAAAAGUUUUGAUAGCUUCUAUUUUUCUAUCUUUACACUGCAUCUAGUCUGUCUUGCGUAUCAGGCUCUGACUAUACCACUAUGCCUCUAAAAUGCUGUCCCUGUCC